GUCCCGCUCGUGAGCAGCGCGGGGUUCUUCCUCAUGGAUGGACCGAGUGUGCAACUGUGUCUUGUGUGAAUGCCGUGGGACGGAACACAACGGGAGAAAAGCAUUUUGAUUUAAGCCGACGGAUGAGACAGCCUACAGGCGCGUCUGACGAUAUCGCACAGCAUAUUCGAGCAUCACGGUUGAGCUCCUCUUGUGUCCCUGACAUCAUCCAGUUGAGUACAAUCUCAGGAUUGAACAUCACUCUGUCGAGCGAGCUCUCCUAUCUCACAAAAUAUUCCACCUUGAGUCUACAAACACCAUGGACGAAAGAGCUGGUAUUCCCGUCACGCUCCCUGUGGCCAACCCUACGAAAAGCUAUUGGCAAUCCCCUCCCUCCGUUCUCUCAGACCAUGCCUCGAGUUCAUCGCCACCUUCAACAACCGAUACCCUGAUAAUAGGAAGUGGUAUCACGGGCGCUGCCAUAGCCCAUUUCCUACUCUCCCCGCCUCCUACCAGCAGCCCUUCUCGACAAGCGCCCUCCCCUCCCGACAUCACGAUGCUGGAGGCCCGCGCCGUGACAUCGGGCGCGACAGGCCGUAACGGAGGUCACACAAAAGCCGCAUCGUACCGAUCGUUCCUCCAUCAUGCCAGCACUCUCGGCACCGAGACCGCAUGCCUUAUUGCGCGGCUUGAACUUGCCAACGUCCGUGCCGUUCAUACGUUCGCAGCCACUCACCUAAAGGACAAAGCAACGGAAAGCAGGCCCUGCCAGACUGUUGACGUGAUCUACGAUGCUGCUCAGUGGGAGGCAGCAAAACGGGCCGUCGAGGCGAUGAGGCUGGCCAUGCCCGAUGACGACGCUUCGCAGUACGAACUCUACGAAGCAGAGGAGAUGCAAAGACGGUUCCACGUUUCGGGUGAGGGGCUAUAUGGCGGUGUUGCCUAUGAGGCAGGCAGCAUCUCUGCGUAUCGCUUCACCACCGGCGUGCUAGAGCUGUGCGUCGACAAGGGCCUGAAGCUCUUCACGGAGACGCCUGCAACCAGCGUCAAGAAGGUUGACGGAACCGCAGCAAACGGCCAUCGAUGGAUCGUGGAGACGCCCAGAGGCCGGAUUCAAGCGCGGAGGGUGGUGCUUGCGACCAACGGCUACACGGCAUUCCUCGACGCACGGUUCCAGGAGUCCAUUGUGCCGAUGCGCGGACAGAUCACGGCCCACCGGCCGGGAUCCAAGAUGCCGAAAGAAGGCCUGGCGACAACUUACAGCUUCAUCUACGAAGGCGGCUACGAGUACAUGGUCCCCAAGCCGCAGGGGACGCAGUUCGCUGGCGAUAUCGUCAUCGGCGGCGGCCUCGUCCGCGCGCCGAAUGAGGGGCUGGGGGAAUACGGGACGACGGACGAUUCGCAGCUGAACCCCAUCAUCAGCACAUACCUAUACGGGACGACGCCGCGCUACUUUGGCGACAACUGGGGCGAGGACGACCCGGCUGGACGGGUGCGCGCGGAGUGGACCGGCAUCAUGGGCUUCAGUCCGGACGGGUUCCCUUUUGUCGGCCAGGUGCCGGGCGAAGAAGGGCUCUGGGUAUCUGCCAGUUUUCAAGGCCAUGGCAUGGUGCUCUGCUGGAUGUGCGCGAGGGCGCUGGCCGCCAUGCUCGAGGGGACCGAGGAGGAUAAGCAGCAGCUGAGCAGCUGGUUUCCCGGGGCCUUCGGAGUCACCUCCGCACGGCUGAGAAGGAGAUUCACGGGGACGGUAAACCACUCGACAUCAGGACCCGCUGAUCGAGAUGCUGCUGGUCCCGGGGCUCCAAAACGAGCUUAACUUGCUGACUGCACCUUACGUGCGGCCGCCUGCUGCGCGCGCCAACGGCGGGCUGGGUUGGGCUGGGUUGGCUUAUCCAUCGGGGAGGGAGGGCAAGGAUAGACUUUGCUCGCGUCCUGCCCUGGUCGCUUAGCUUAACCAUCCGGUCGGAUUGAUGGCCAUUCUGGCGGUGUGAGAAUGAGACAUUGCGAGGCAGGAAAAGGGGGGAUGAAAUGGCGCAACCCUGGCGGCCACUGCAAUCAUUCACCAAGUCGGUAUUGCUACUGGCUGCUUCUCUGCUGCCCCUCGACCAGUGCGACCUCGGGGGGGGGGGGGCCAGGG